AAAAAAAAAAGGCAGUUCAAAUUCAGGCUCGGAUCUCGGAAAGACGCGAGUUCCUGUUUGAGUGAGAACCCCAUCUGCAAACCCGUCGCGUCUCUUCUCCCUCGGGACUUUUUCCUGGUCAGGGGAAAUCAGUCAUCACAGAUCACACGAAAACGAAAGGCAGCUUGUGAACUUCCGGAAGCGCUGGCGCAGCGCACAGCGGUCGGCGGCAGCGGAGGGCAGAGCCAUGGACUCUCCGCCGGGGCCUUUGUCCAGGUCGGCCGUCAGCGCCAACUGCUCCGAGGCGUGGGACCCACACCUCUACCCCACCGUUUUCCUGAUAAUGGGAUAGAAGAUGGCUACCCUCACAGCCUCCCAGUGCUUUCAUCUCCUUCAAGAAACCAGCCCAAUCUGAACUAAAACCUUCUGUUAUGAAUUCUGUAUAGCUGGGAGCUGGGCAGGUGUCUUUCAGGUUGUGGAAAUGAUGGAAAAAAGGACAUGUGCACUAUGCCCCAAAGACCUCGAGUGUAGUGUCCUGUACUUUGCACGAUCAGAGAAUAUAGCUGCUCAUGAAAAUUGUUUGCUGUAUUCUUCAGCACUUGUGGAAUGUGAGGAUCAUGAUCCACAUAAUUUCGAUAGAAAUUUUGAUGUGGAAACAGUAAAGAAAGAAAUCUCUAGAGGGCGGCGGUUGAAAUGCACAUUUUGUGGUAAAAGAGGAGCCACCGUGGGAUGUGAUGAAAAAGCCUGUACCAAGACUUACCACUUUUUCUGUGCCAAGAAUGACAAUGCAGUUCUACACUCUGGAUCUGGAGGAAUUUAUAACGUGCUUUGCCGACAACAUGCCCCACUGAAAGACACUCAAAUUGAGCUACACUCAGUGAAGCGUCUGCCUCGGGUCUUCCAUCCUCACAACAGUCGGAAGACUACACCAAGACGAGUUCAUUUUGCACAAUCGAAAAGAAAAAGGGGAAGGAAGAAAGGUACCUCAACACCUUUGCAAGUGCAGCAACGUGAACGAAUGACAUUAAAUACACUCAUAAAACAAAUGAAGGAAAAGGAUGGCAGACACACAGAUGCAGUUGUAAAAGUUGCUUUUCUUAAGAAAUGUAAGGAAGCGGGACUUCUUAAUGACUUAUUUCAAGAAAUACUAGACAAACUCCAUUUGAUUCAGGAAAGACUCAUGGAUGAGACUGCUUCAGAAUCAGACUAUGAAGAAAUUGGGACUUCACUUUUUGACUGUAGAUUGUUUGAAGACACAUUUGUACAUUUUCAAGCAGCGUUAGAGAAUAAAAUUCAUCAAUUUGAAGAAAAGCGGCUGCAGCUGAAGGAAGAGAUUGAGCUACUUCAGGACUUAAAACAAACCUUGUGUUCUGUUCAAGAAAAUAGAGACCUUAGUUCAAGUUCUACUUCAGUAUCUUCUCUGUCUCCUUAAGAAUUACCAUUUCAUAAGCCAGGAAUCUGGCUUACUCGUGAGCAGGUUGAAAACUGGAGAGCCGGCCCGUGAAAGCCCCAAAUCUUUAGGACAAAGCCUCUCAUGUCUCUGGUGGGCAAACUUCAGUCCUCACCAGCUCUUACCUGUUCAUACCUAACAGGAUGUUUACUGCCUCCCUCUUAUUAUCUCACUUCUACCUCUCCGCUGAUAAAAUGUUUCUCAGGUUUUACUUGAGUAAAUUGGAUUAUGCCUCCCAUCUCUCCCACUCUCUAUACUAAAACUCUUUUGGUGGCUUCCUGCUGGUGCAUUGCCUCCCACCCCUGUUCCACUCCAGUGAACUACUUGACUUUCAGUAAUACACCAGGUGCUCCUAGCCCCAGGGCCUUUGCAUAUCCUGUUGUGCUGACUGCUGCUGCGGAUCUCAUGAUACCAGUUCUGCCAUUUAGUCCAUCUGAGUGUACUCUUCCUUCAUAUCACUUCCCAGUGUAACCCACCACAUCCUAUAUCACAUCAUAAAAGUAUAAGCUCCAUGAGGGUAGGAACUCACUAUUCUUUGUUUGCUCACUUAGAUAUAAUCACAUUCCCAGCACCUAGCAUGUUCAAUAAAUGUUUACUGAAUAAAUGCAUAAAUUAUCAUAAUCUUUUGAGACUAGUUCCAGCCCAUAAUGCCUCUUAGAUAUAAUAAAUUUGAAUAUUCUGCUUUUACUUGGACUAAAUUUACCUGUCUGCUUGUCAAAAAGUCUGAUUUUCAAAUUUCUUCUCAGCCACAGCCACCACAUGGGCAUACAUCAUCUUCAAAGUAAACAUUAAAAUUUAAAACUGGACUCUCCAAAUAAGAACAUCAGUGGGAAUAUAUAAGAAUGAGAAAAAAAAAGACUUUUCUCAAACUAACAAUAAAUAAUUCAGAUUUUUAUGCCCCACCAUUAGGACCCCUGAAAACCUCACAUACGCAUUUCUAACUUUUUACCAUAGUACCCUGAUUUGCACUAAUGCUACAUUUCAUGAGUUUGAUCUGAGUCUCCAGCAUGGAGUCUGGCAUGUGUAAGUACUCAAAAACUAUCUGAUUAAGGAAGAAUAUGUAGAUUAAGCAUCUUAAGAUGCUUAACCAUAGAGCUGGGAGGACUAUGGGUGGAGCUGGGCUCCUUGUUAAUUCUCUAGUCUUGACUUCCUGUUGAACUUGGUGGUAACUUCUGGGGAAGGGAUGUUGGCCUCUGGACUUUUUCCACAUGGGUGGCCGGUUGGGAUACUGGGCCGGCAAGUGUGUAUAUACACAUUCUGUGGCUUUCUUUUUUCUUUUCCCAAAUAAACUGUUCUUUUGGUGGA